GAGUGCCCUUCUCCUUCGAAGCUGAUGGCAGCAAUCAACUGACUCUGAUGACCUCAGGGAAAGUGUCCCACAGUGUGGCGUGGGCCAUUGGAGAAAACGGCAUUCCUUUAAUUCCUCCACUGUCACAGCAGAACAUUGGAUUCCGAAGCGCUCUAAAGAGAGCAGAUGCCAUCUCUUCUAUUGGCACCUCAGGACUGACGGACAUGAAGAAGUUGGCCAAGUGGGCAGCAGAGUCCAAGCUUGACCCCAAUGACCCCAACAAUGCCCCUUUGAUGCAGCUGAUCUCG